AUGGGAACAAGAUUUAUUGACUGGAGUAUUAUGUCUUGGAGAAAUUACAAGAAACAAGUCGAGGAAAGUAAACAUAGUACAUUUACAAGAUUCACCACUAAAAUGAUGCAUGAUGCAAUUAGACCAUCGGCAUCUAUUCUCGAGCAUGGUUCCAUCAUUCGAACUAGCUGGGGUAUUGUUAAAGAUAGAGCUCAAAGGGCAGGAAAACUCUUGGCAGAGGAAAUCUUGGGACAAGCAUUUGGUAGACGUCCAAUCACCUUGGUCGGUAUAUCAAUGGGUGCUCGAUUAAUCUAUCAUUGUCUUUUGGAAUUGGUUGAUAAAAAGGCAUAUGGUAUCAUUGAAAAUGUUAUACUCAUUGGUGCUCCCAUUCCCUCUGAUGAUAUUAAUAUUUGGUCAAAAAUUAGAAAAUUAGUUUCUCGAAGAUUGGUUAAUUGUUUUUCACCAAAGGAUAUUAUUUUAAAGAUUUGUUAUGAAAGUAGUAGUAUUACAGAUGAUGGAAUUGUAGCUGCUGGUGCAGGUUAUACAGCUAUCGGUUCUAAAAAGACUUCUAUUUUUAGUGGUGGAUUCUUUACCGAUCAUCAUAAAAAGCUUGGUCAAGAAAUUCUCAAUAAGAAACAAAGUAUGUUUAGACAGAAUUGUAAAGAUCAAUUCUACCUUUCAACAAAAAAUAUAAAAAGUAUAGAAAAUGUUGAUGUUAGUUGUUUGAUUGAUUCUCAUUUGGAUUAUAGCAAUUCGAACAUUAGACGUGCCAUUUUACAUCAUGUUAAUAUCAAUAGUUGUGUUCCAUGUAAUUCAUUUGUAGUCAUUGAAGAUGAUGACAAAACUGUCCCUUCUCCUACCACCGCCACCAGUACCAGUACCAGUACAAGUACAACUAUUAAUUAA